AUGAAUAUAAGCCAGAGCUGCAGCUCCUGCCAGGGCUGGGAGGGGAGACCCGAGAGGGUCAUCGUGCCACUGGUCUUCUGUCUAAUCUUCCUGCUGGGUACAGUGGGCAACAGCCUGGUCCUAGCUGUGCUCCUUCGGAAUGGCCAGAUGACCAGCAACACCACCAACCUGUUCAUCCUGAACCUGGGCAUUGCUGACCUCUGUUUCAUCCUGUGCUGUGUGCCCUUCCAGGGCACCAUCUACACCCUGGACUCCUGGGUCUUCGGCUCCUUCAUGUGCAAGCUCGUCCAUUUCUUCAUCUACCUGACCGUCUACGCCAGCAGCUUCACCUUGGCCGCAGUCUCCGUCGACAGGUACCUGGCGAUUCGUUACCCACUGCGAUCCCGGGAGCUGCGGACUCCCCGAAAUGCCCUGACCACCAUCUGCAUCAUCUGGGCCCUCUCUCUCAUCUUUGCUGGCCCUUACCUCAGCUACUAUCAGGUGAUCCACUACAGAGAGCUGACCCUCUGCUUCCCAGUCUGGGAUGACUACAGGCGCAAGAUCAUGGACAUUUUCACCUUCAUCUUUGGGUACAUCAUCCCAGUGUUGAUCCUGAGCCUGGCCUAUACCAGGACCAUCAGGUACCUUUGGACUGCUGUGGAUCCUAUCGAAGACAUGUCUGAAUCCAAGAAAGCCAAGCGCAAGGUAACGAAGAUGAUCAUUAUCGUGGCUGUCUUGUUCUGUCUCUGCUGGCUGCCCCAUCACCUGGUUAUCUUGUGUUUCUGGUUCGGCCACUUCCCUCUCAAUCAGGCCACCUAUGUUUUCAGGCUUUUGUCACACUGCAUGUCCUAUGCCAACUCCUGCCUCAACCCCAUCGUCUAUGCCCUGGUCUCCAAACACUUCCGCAAAGGCUUCAAGAAAGUCUUCAACUGCCUCCUGAGGAAAACAGUGGUCAGCAAAGUGCACGUGGUGCAAGUGGCCCACACGGAGGUUGGCUCCACCGAGGCCUUGCACAUCAUUGAACACCACAACCCAACAAGCAGUCACCAGUGGAGUCAGCCAGCUUCUCCAGGCCAUGAGGUGGCGCCACCAGGAACUUUCCUGGCCUUCAGUGUGACCUAA